CAAGCAGAAGCGUGCUCGCGAUCGAACCUCGAUCGAGUACGACACAGGUGUCUGUCCUGUCAUUCACUCAGCGCGUGUCGGAGCUGCGUUGAGAUUUUUUUAUCGAACGCCGCAACAUCAUCGAGAUUUCGAUUUGUUCGGGCCACCGCACGCUGCGGUAGCGUGUGUGCCGUGUAUUGAUACUCCAUACUUGUGCGUCGAGUAAUCUCGAGUUCGAUUUAACCGAGUGAUUGAUAAUAGUAUUUUGCCAAGAUCUUUGAUAUAUUUUUUGGGGCUGUACUAAAAAUAAACACACGUGAAUUUAAAAUUACAAUUUCAUACGAAAUCUCUUGCAGAGUGUAGCUCGGAGUUACGGUUCAGCUCCUCGUUGCCUCUUUAUCACUUUGAUUUGUGUGUUUCUUUGAGACUUUCACUUUGCGAACGCGAACGCGACGGUUUUGUUUGUAAGUUGCGGUUAAUGAAACUGCGCGAGUGCAGCGUUUUGCGCGAUUACUCGAAAGAGAAAUGAGUUCUCGCAGAUAAGAGAGAUAUAAUUUACUCUCCGUAAUCUUUAUCUUCGCACGGUUACAGUAUUGAUUAUAAAUUGUACAUCGAGUAUUCGAGGGAUUAAAAAGAUUUGUCAAUUUGCAUCGUUUGUUGUAUCGGAACCAUCGAAAAAUUCAUCAUGCCCGGCAUUUUCACGGGAAAGGUUUAUUUACUGGUGACCGGAGCCAGUCGAGGUAUUGGAAAGAGCAUAGCCAAGGCGUUCAGCCCGAAUCUCGAGAGUCAAUCUCGCGUCUUGCUGCUCGCCAGAAAUUCCACGGAUCUGGAGAAGACGAGCAACGAGAUCGCGACAAAUGGUGUCAACGCUUCGUACGAAAGUAUUGACUUCAGUCUGCCCAGUGAUGCUGGUCAACUGCGAGAAAUCAUUGAUAAAUCAUUGAAGAAUGAGAAACCGGAAAACUUCAAUCAAGCGAUAAUAGUUCAUUGCGCCGCGAUGGCCAACUUCUCGCAGUCUACAAACGAGAUGACAAAUUUAGAUGAAUGGCACAAAUGUUUCAAUUUGAAUAUGUUCUCUGCUGCGAUGUUAAACGGAGUAUUCAUGAGCACGUUUCACAGCAAUAACGUCCGUAAAUACGUUUUCAACAUAAGCUCUUACUGGGGCUUGGAGCCCGAUGUUUUCGUCGGCUCGUACUGUUCGGCCAAAGCCGCUAAAGAUAUGUUCUUCAAGGUGUUUGCCAAGGAAAAUCCCCACGUAAACGUGCUGAACUAUUUACCGGGAUACGUCGGGACCGACAUGUUUCACGACGUAUUGAAGAAGAGCGCUAAUGAAAAUCUGAAAGAGAAGAUCAAAGAAAUGAUCAAUAGCAAGACUUUCGUCACGCCCGAGCAAACGUCGAAUUAUCUCCUUCAAGUUGUGAAGCAACAAAAAUACGAGUCUGGAGAUUACGUUGACUUUUAUAAGAAAACAUUUUGAAAGCAAUUUUUAAUAAACGAAUGUUAACAA